AUGUAUAUACCUUACUUCAUCACAUUGUUGAUGAUGUUGUUGUUGUUAUUGUUGGUUGGCAACAUUGAGGGCCAACAACAAAACAGUGGCACAGUGUUUAGAACAUUGAAGCGUGAUGAACAAGGCAUCAUCAAACAUAUAGACGAUGAGUACAACAAACUAUACUCAUCACUCACUUGGAAGUAUGGACAAGGUUAUGAAUGCAUACACGACAGGAUAAUGGAGAGACAUAAGCGUGGCAUCACAUUUGACAACACGGAAACACCUCUACACUCACAAUCACAAUCACAUGCGACAUCAUCAGUUGGAGCAUAUGGAGCAACACGAUCACCCAUACGCAUAUUGUUCAAUACGACAUACAUCCAGAAUACGAAUGAUGUGUAUGCAUGUCAUAAUGUUGGACAGUUGGUGUUUGUGUCGUCAAGUGACAGUGUGCCAACUGAUGACACUGCGGAUUGUAGUGGCACAGGAACAGAGUCGUCAUGUACCUAUCUAUGUAGGAUGCAGGAUCUGCUGACUGACGACCUGUCCAGAAUGAUCAAUGGCUAUCUACUGCCAUCGAUCAACCAGGUGCUCACAGAUCUGAUCAUGGUGGCUCCCUCUGACAAGCUGGUUUUCAACGCUGAAGUGUACAAAGACAAUCAUGGACAAUGUGACUAUGGCAUUGACAUUCCAUUAACCUACACAACACUCAAUGGUGCCAAAGAUGGAGUUGAUCUGAUCGUCUGGGUCACAGCACGUCCAACAGUAUCCAAUUCAACCAUCGCAUACGCUAUUGUGUGCAACUAUCCAAAGAGUAGAAGUGGCGUUUAUGGAAGACCGUAUGGAGCCAAUAUCAACUUCAAUCCAAUCUACUUCAGCAGGUUCAUUGGGCAAUCAAACAUAUCAUUCACAUUCAAUGAGUUUGUUCGUGUUGGCAUCCACGAGAUGACACAUGCACUUGGCUUCAGUGGCAUGUUCUACAACUCAUUCAUCUACAACAACAAUCCAUAUACUGCCAGUGCAUCAGUCACGCGAACAGGAAACACACCGAGUGGAUCAUCUUAUACAUAUCGCAAGAGUGCAAUCACAUCACAGGCAGUGGUCGGCUUUGUUCAGAAGCAUUAUAAUUGUUCAUUGAUGGACUAUGCAGAGUUGGAAGACUCUGGAUCAACUUCAACAGCAGGCAGUCAUUGGGAGAAGAGAAUGGCCAAUGAGGAGUAUAUGAUUGGCUUUGUGUCUCCCAUUGCGCCAAUCACUAAUCUGACGCUGGCACUACUCCAGGACACUGGCUGGUACACGAUCAAUCGUACCGACGCCGACAAGUUGGUUUGGGGCAGGAAUGCCGGAUGCGACUUCACAGACAACUGCUACAUAGAUACAUGGAACUACCAGGGAUACUUCUGCACCAAGCAUGGCGAUCAGUCUUGCACGGCCACUCGCAUGGGCAAGGGUAUAUGUUUGAUCAACUCAUACAGCAGCAACUUGCCAGGACAGUUCCAACACUUCACAUCGGCGCGUGUUGGUGGCCAGGACUCUGUUUCGGACUUUUGUCCAUUCUACCAAGUCUACGGCACACUACCAAACACCUACUAUUGCACCGAUCAAGACAAUCAAGACAGCGCCAACCUACGCAUAUUCGAGGUCUAUGGCGCCAACAGUCGAUGCUUCGAAUACAACAUAUCCAGUACAAAGACUGGCAUGGCUUGUUGGGAACAAAGAUGUAAUGGUACCAAGGUCGAGAUAAAGGUUGGAUCGAUAUGGGUACACUGCAAUAAUCCAGGAGAACAGAUUGUUGUGAAUGGAGUCAACUUGAUAUGUCCACAAGGCUUUGCUGAGUGUGGCGCCACACCAUUGCCAAUCAAGAUCCAGCCUUGGUCAGGGUCUUCGCCAUCAACAGCACAAAUGAUGUCCAACAGUGCACUAAUACUAUUGAUAACAUUGACGACGUUGAUGACAUCAUUACUAAUGUAG